UGGAUGCACGUGCUGGCCGCCCGCGCCGCCCGCGCCCGCCCGGCCUCGGUGGGCGGCCAGUUCUUCUUCUGCUACGACGCCUCGCCCUGGGCGCCCUACGAGGAAUUCAACCUGCUGCUGCUGGGCCCCGCCGGCAUUUCGGGGGGUCCCCGCGUCCCCACGAGGCUCUCGGCCUUCCUGGCCUGGCUCAACGGGGUGCUGAGGGCGGUUUUGGGGCGUUUCGGGGUGUUCUGGGCGCCGCUGCUGAACCCCUACACGUGGGCGGUGGCGUCGACGCCGUUCAGCGUCCGCACGGACAAGGCCGAGAGGGAGCUGGGCUACCGGCCGCUCUUCUCCUGGGAGGAG